AUGUCAGGCAUCGGGGAAAUUCUGAAGGCAGUUGGUGAUUUUGGGACAUUUCAGAAACGGCUGGUGCUCUUCUCCAUGCUCCCAUGCCUCAACCUGGCCUUCCACCAGUUUUGCCAGCUUUUUAUGGUUCCAAACCUGCCUCAUUACUGCAACACCAGCUGGAUCCGUGCCGUCGGCCCCAACCUGACCGAGGAGGAGCAGCUGAACCUCACCCUGCCCCGCGACGCGGACGGGGCAUACGAGCAGUGCUCCAUGUACUCGCCCGUGGACUGGGACCUCGGCUCCAUCGUGGCGUACGGCCUGAACGCCACGGAGAAGUGCAGCAGUGGCUGGGUGUACCCCUCAGCACAGCAGCCGUCCCUGCUCACUGAGUUCGACCUCGUGUGCGACAGGAAGGACCUGAAUGACAUCUCCCAGUCUGUCUACAUGCUGGGACUGUUCCUGGGAGCCAUGAUCUUUGGGCCACUAAGUGACAGGAUCGGCCGCCGGCCAGUCCUUCUGAUCUCCAUCUUCCUCCAGGGCCUUUUUGGUGUGGGAAUUGCCUUUGUGCCCCAUUUCUACGUAUACAUGGCCUUCAGAUGUGUCGUGGGGGCUUCAGUGUCAGGGAUCACCAUGACCUUACUGGCCUUAGCUACGGAAUGGGUUGGGGUCUCCUAUCGACCACGUGCAGUGCUUAUUACUCACUGCUGUUUUGCCAUUGGACAAAUGAUUUUGGCUGGCUUGAGCUAUGGGAUUCGUAACUGGAGGUUGCUGGAAAUUGCAGGAUCUGCUCCUAUGUUUGCCCUUUUCUUCUUCGUCUGGGUGCUACCAGAGUCGGCUCGAUGGCUGGUGACAAAAGGCAAAAUAGAAGAAGCUAAGAAGGUCCUUCAGAAGGCAGCAUCCAUCAAUAAGCGCACCAUCCCACCAGGACUCCUUGAGCAGCUGAAGUGUGAGACACAGGCUAAGUCUGGAAGUUUUCUGGAUCUCCUUCGGAAGAAGCACCUCCGGAAGGUGACUUUAAUCAUGUCGUGUGCCUGGUUCGUUAACAGCCUUGUCUACUAUGGUCUGAGUCUGAAUGUGACUAAUUUUGGUCUGGACAUCUACCUGACACAGCUUGCAUUUGGAGCAGUGGAAAUCCCAGGCCGUGUUGGUUGUAUCUUCCUGCUGCAGUGGUUUGGGAGGAGGAAAUCCCAGGCUGGCACCCUGCUGCUGAGUGGCCUGGUGUGUCUGAUCAUCACUGGCAUCCCUGAAGACCAGCCUGUGGCGAUCACUGUCCUGGCCACCAUUGGCAAGUUUGCUGCCUCAGCCUCCUUCUCCUCCGCCUACGUCUACUCCGCAGAGCUCUUCCCCACCAUCAUCAGGCAAAGUGGCGUGGGGCUGUGCUCCAUGGCGGCGCGGGUGGCAGGGAUCAUCGCCCCACUGAUCCGCCUCCUGGAGCAGUACCACCGGGCUGUCCCCAUGGCCGUCUUCGGCAGUGCCCCCGUGCUGGGGGGGCUGCUCUGCUUCCUGCUGCCCGAGACCCGCGGCGCCGAGCUGGUGGAUGACACGAGGGGUGGCCACACUGCAGCAGAGGCCUGUGAAAAUGCCAACAGCAGCUCUGAAAAUGGACAAGUGAAAGUAAAAGAUGGUGACCAAGACAAUGAGUACACAAAGACUACUUAUUUCUAG